AGGAUCCUUAAAUAUUGUGGCAGAAGUAGCGUCACAUGAUUUCGAUUUCGUAUUUUGAUGUUGUGAUGUGAAGAAAAUAGCAGAUAACUGUUUAUACAUACCUAGCUAGUAUAGCUAGCUAGCUGGUGAAAGAAAAUAGCUUGAGUUGUUGCUUCUUCUAAAAACAUGAGCCACAACAGACAAUACUCUGCCAGUGAGCCACUGCUUGGGGAAGGUAUUUCGUAUUCAUCUUAUGCUCGUUCAAAAAGCAUUUCGAGUAUUUCAAGCAUUGACAAUGCUAUAAAUGAGGAAGAACAAAUUAAAAACAAACUGAAAUGGUAUUUUAAAAACCCAUAUCAAAAGUAUAAAGAUCGUGGAAGGAAACCAGUGAAGUUGAUAUUGCAAAUUAUAAAGAUUAUACUGGUCACUGUGCAGGUAACGCUAUUUGCGGUAGAUGAAUUCUCUGUGGUGCAAUUCAACACAGACAAUAUUGAAACGUUUCGAAACUUGUUUUUGGUAGAUUAUACUGGACAACGAUAUCAUGAACUUUUCACCAAGAAGCAAAUUUAUGAACACAUCUUUUUUACUUGGCAACAGUAUUACAAUUUUAACCACAUUAUGAUUGGUUCAUAUGAGUUACAAGAUCAAAACAAAACAUACCCGCCAAUGGUGUUAUGUAUUGAUUCAAAUGGAAAAAGCCGAGGUGCUUUGAAGAGAGACAAAAACUUCAAUGGUUUUUCUAGGAGUGAGGAUGGUUACUACAUUGUUGAUAAGAGUGAAAGUGCCGAAAAUGCAUGUCAUAAGUUAAAACCACCAGAAGGAUUGGCAAAUGAAACUCUUCUUCAAGAUUUUAUUAGGGGUAAUAACUUGACAUCAAACUUUCAAUGGAUUCUCAGUUUGACACUAAAGUUCUCAUUUACAAUGAAUUACACAGUUGUUCAUCGCACUAAUUCUCCUGAUUGUUACAAAUUUGAUUUAAAGGUUAUAUUUGAUAAUUCUGAUUUGGAUGGUAUUAUGAAGGUGCGGCUAGAAAGUGAUGUAGACUUUCAUAUCUGUCGUCAAAAUUCUGGAAAGCUUCACAUAAGGGAAUAUAACUCGACCAAAAUACUUUGGACCGUUUUUGAUCUGUUUAUCAUAAUAAUAUGCGUCUUCUCCUUUAUACUUUGCGUGCGAUCGUUUAAAAGACAUGUUAAAUUGUCCCAGGAUGUUGGAAAGUUUUUCACUGAAUUUCGUCAUGAACGCUUUACUCUUUCGGAUCGGUUAAACUUUUUAAGUUUUUGGUUAAUGCUAAUUACUUUGUCUGAUAUCUGUUCGACUUGUGGUUCAAUCAUAAAACUACUCGUGGAUUGGCUGGAGCGACCAGAAUUAUACACCUCGUGCAGCCUGUUCUUUGGAAUGGCUGCUUUGUUUUCUUGGAUUGGUAUCUUAAGAUAUCUUGGCUUCAUGCAAGGUUAUAAUACUUUACUGGUGACGUUGAAGACAGCCUUUCCCACCAUGAUUCGAUUUGUCUUUUGUGUUUCUUUCAUUUAUUUGGGAUUCACCGUGUGUGGAUGGAUUAUGUUUGGUCCUUACCACGAAAAGUUCCGCAAUCUUUUCGUGACGUCAGAGUGUUUAUUUGCACUCAUUAACGGUGACGAUAUGUUCACAACAUUCAGUGAGAUGGAUGAUUCGGAUAGUUUGAUUUGGUACUUCAGUAAAAUCUACCUCUACACAUUCAUCUCGUUGUUUAUAUUCGUUGUGUUGAGUUUAUUCAUCGGUAUAAUGGCUGAUACGUACGAACGCAUUAAGGAUUAUGGUCACGCGCCAAAGUCGCGUAUGGAAUUGUUCAUGGAAGGAAAAGAAUAUCACGCCGGUGGAGAGCAACAACAUCGACAUGGAACCAACAUGUGUUCUCAUCGUGGUGGGGAAAAUUUCAGUGGUGUGGAAAGGGGGGAUGACGAUGACCCAAAUGCGCUUACCGCUUAGCUAUACCCAAGCUGUGUGAAGUUGUACAUGUGAAAAACACGUCAUUUUAUAUUUAAAACAAAUCGCACAGCACAAUUAGCAUAAGUUGUAAAUCUAGUUAGUCACGUGAUGUCAACAUUAUUUAAGUGAAAAAUUGAAAGUACUGUUACUUCCGGUUUACCUGGACAACUAGCAUCUUAAUGUCACGUCUUAUUUUGUGCGAAUUUCGCAAAGCACUUUUAUAAGAAGUUGUGUAUAUUUUAUAGCCGUUAAAUUUUGUAAUUAGCAUAUUGUAAAAAAAAUUGUGUUUCUGUAUUCGAAUGUAAAUAUAUAAAUUUUUACACAA